CCCCGGCGGGCGGGCGGGCUACCCGGAGCCCGGCUGGUCGCGGAGGCGGGGACGCGGCCGGAGCCGGGACAAUGGCGCGAGAAGGAAGAGACCAGAGUGGACAGCGGCCACCAGAACUCAGCAGCCCCGGGCGCGCGGCAGGGAGGGGUGUGCGCCCGGAGAGGUUCCCGCAGCCCUGCCCGCGCAGCGCAAAGCCCGCGGGCAACUCGUGUUUGCAGCCUGCGGCUCCGGACAGGCCGCAGGGCGAGAGCGGGGGCCGGCGGUCAGCGCCACCACGGAGGACCUCGCCGCGCGCUCCCCCCGCCCCAUCGUUUCCUCUUUCCCCAUCCCACUCGCGCCUGCUCCCGCCCCACAGCGGGCUGCCCUGUUUUCUAACAGGUGGAGGGAAGCAGAGGAAGAACAGGGACGAAGGGAGGCCCAGUCCCAAGGCUCAAGGCCACUUGUACCAGCAGCAUGUGUCAGCAAGAUAGCAGAAGCAGGAAGAGAGCCGGCCAGAAGACGCCUACCCUGGUUGGAAGACAAGUACCCCAUGAAGAUCAAGAGGGAGGCCGUCCGGGUACCGCCUAGCAGUUACAUCAGACUGAGACACUUCCUGUUUACAGGAGACUAUAAAAGCCCUGCCCCGUCCUCUUUUGGUCCUGACGCCAUUUUAGGCCUCAGCCUGCGGGCACCCAGGCGUUAAUUAAAACAGCAUAUUGCUCUGCACCGCCUCAUGCUGUCUGCUGGCACGCUCUCGGGGUUGGAACUGAUACAAGAAUCUUUCACUAUCCACUGAGGCUCUCUGCUGGAUGCUGAGAAAAUCAAGAUGAAUUGCAGGGCCCUGGCCCUUUUUUUUUUUUCGAGACAGUCUCACUCUGUCGCCAGGCUGGAGUGCAGUGGCACGAUCUUCACUCACUGCAACCUCCAAAAAGUCAUGAUGAAACUGGGAAGUUCAAGCAAUUCUCCUGCCUCAGCCUCCUGAGUAGCUGGGACUACAGGCACACACCACCACACCCAGCUAAUUUUUGUAUUUGUAGUAGAGAUGGGGUUUCAUCAUGUUGGCCAGGAUGGUCUUGAUCUCCUGACCUCAAGUGAUUUACCCGCCUCUGUCUCCCAAAGUGCUGGGAUUACAGGCAUGAGCCACCGCACCCGGCCAGGUGCUGGCCCUCUUAAAGCUCACAUCUUAAACUGUGGAGACAGACACAUAAAUGCUGAUGAGGUCCUGUAAUGCAUGCUACAAUAACGGCUAAAGUGCAGUGGCUAUUCGUAAGCACGGUCAUCACACAUUGUAGCCUCUAACUCCUGGGCUCAAGCAACUCCUGCCUCAGCCUCCUGAGUAGCUGGGACUACAGGAUCUCACCACCAUACCAGGCUUGGUCAUCAGUUGUUUAUAUUAUUUCCCUUUGGCUUCUCUGUGUUUAUAAAAUGUUUGAAUUGGUGUCUUUGAUAAAGUUGAGCAAAUCAUUAAAACUUUUGGGGACUAAUUUUUUUCUCAUCAACAAAAUGAGAAAAACUGCAUAAGCUAUUUUUGCUUCAUGUUCGUUUGUGUAGCUAAAAUGUAUAUACUUUUUUUGGUCUUGAUUAGUAAACAUUAGAAAAGCCUCUCUUUUCUUUUUUUUU